AUGCGCCAAACGCUUCGCCGGUCCUGUGCGGCAUGUGCCAAAGCCAAACAUAGCUGCGACUUGCGCACCCCGCGCUGUUCUCGAUGCGUCAAGCGCCAGGUCCAAUGCAUCUAUGCGAAUGAGCCUCUGAGUGCACCGCCGGCUGCUCCCGGGCGGGGAGAUGGCGGAUCAUUAGGACCUGUCGAGGGCCUCGGCGCUUUGACAACGUACAGAUUCGGCUCUCUAGAUCCUUUCGACUCUUAUCCACAGACGAGACUUCCCCGGGAGCGCGUCCAACGUCUCAUCCAUAGCUUUGUCCAUAAGAUCGCAUUCCAGUACUAUCCCCUUGACCUCAAUCCUACCUCGAAUCCGUUUCUCAUCUCUUGGUGGCCACUCGCUUUGGGUGAUCCAGCGCUGUUCCACGUCUCGUUGCAGACAGCAUGUCUUGAUGAGGAGUUACUGGCGCAAAAGGGCUUUCAGGCUUCCGAAAUCCUCAUGGCCGACUCUGUAGCUCUACUACGACGAAAGGUGCAAGAGCCAUCACUAGCUGUACAGGAUGGAACGAUGAACUCUGUCAUCACCCUGGCAGCAAUCGAAUUCGGGAAGGGUAAUAUUAAAGUCAGCGAAAUGCAUGUAGAUGGGGUCAAAAAGCUCAUCGACAUGAGGGGUGGCAUCAAUUCGGUAAGGCAAACCAGUCCGCUGACCGCGAGAAUGGUGAGCUGGGUAUCGAUGAUCGUUACCGGUCGCCCUCAAUUCGACACGCAGGAUGAUCUCGGCACUGGAGAUGGCAUACCUCCCAUUCCGGAAUGGCAGCUUGAUUCGACUACCCACGAUGAUUUAUCGGAUCUUGGCACCAUUGAAGUUGAUGAUGCGGUAAAGAACGUUCUCAUCCGUCUUCGCAAUGCCUUCGGGCGGGCGCAGCAAAUCCCGCUGCCUUCCACGCGACUGCAUGACCUCACGUGCUUCGUUGUACACCGGCUUCUUCUCUCAGUGCCGAACCUGACAGAUUCUCAGUUGUCACCAUCACCAAUCACUGAAUGCAUUCGCUACGCAACUGUCCUCUACAUGUUUGCCAUUCAGGGACCAUUGUAUUUCUCGCAUGCUGUCAUAUUGAAUAUGAUCGUUACCCGGCUCAUGGAUAACCUGAAGCAACUCGACUUGACAGGCUCUGUGCAUGAUGACUCACUAGAUACUUGGUUCUUUGCAAUCGGAAUGGUGGCCUCGACUGGUACACCCCAGUACCAGUGGUUCAUGAACAGAGCAAAGGCAUUGACUGCUUCUUUACAGAUCAGUGAUUGGAGUGACGUUUUCACGCGUGUUAAGAACGUUCUGUGGCUGGAGCUACCGCAAGGCGAGGAUACAUUCCGGCCUCAUUGGGAGACAGUUCUACACAUGACAGACUCAAUGUCACCAGAUGUUAUGAUGUGUUUCUCGCCGGGCAGUGUCUAUGGGGUACCAUCUCACAUACCUGCGUGGUAUCCUGACUAUCCCGAUUACUCGACAGAUGAAAGUCAGCCACUGCCCACGGAAGAGAAAUGGGACAUGGACAUGGUAUCAUGA